UCGAACACCACUUCGAAACCGUGGAGACACACACACACACACAUAUCACAGAGUCUCGACGCGCACGCACUAGACUACUAGCUCGUACUUGCACUGUACAGCGGAGAGGUCGGCUCUACCUAGGUAGGUAGAGCCAACGAUGGCGGCUGAGUCGACGGACGUCGUGGCCGAUGGCGGCGCGGAUGCGGCCGGCAAGGCAUGGGAGUGGGAGGAGCGCGUUGUGUCGGCGGUGCCCGCGGCCUCCGCGGAUGAGGCGUGGGCGCUGCUGUCGGACUUCCUGGCGUUCCACCGGUGGCACCCGCGCGUGGCGGCGUGCCGGCUGGCGUCGGGCACCCCGCGCGCGCCGGGGUGCGUGCGCUACUGCGAGGGCACCCCGGACGGCGACGGGGUGCCACCCGACUGGGCGCACGAGACGCUCCUCGAGUACGACCCAGACCGCCGCUUCUUCCGCUACGAGAUGAACGACAACAACAUGGGCUUCGGCCUCUUCUUCGCCACGUUCCGCGUCGUCCCGGCCGCCGCCGGCGCCGGCUGCGAGCUGCGGUGGGAGUUCGAGUGCGAACCAGUGCGCGGCACGCCCAGGGAGGCGCUCGUGGCGCGGCUGCAGGCCGGACUCGACGGCAUGGCGGCGCGCGUGCGGGACCACGUCCUGGCUGCCCGCGCGGGCUCCGUGGUGGCGGGAGGUCUGGGGGCUGCCGAUGAGCUCAAGCUCGACAACUCCAUCGCCGUUUAAUUCAACCCGUCCACAUGCACGCCGUAAGUAGUGCGUUGUCUGGUCGUAAUCGCCUCGCUUCUUGUUGCGAUUAAGUUGUUGAUGAAUGAUCCUUUAAUUAUGUACGUACGUAUGAAGAACGGUCAGUUACCGUAUGUAUGUGCUCCAUGCACCUGUGUACUGUGCUGUCCUGGGAAUAAACGCUGAUAUUUAGUUACUCA